AUGCACAGUAUUGGCUCAGAGCUGGAGUUCUGGUAUGUUUUAAUGAGCUUCAGCUUUGAGAAGCUUCGCUCAGCAGAGGAAACUGUGACAGGGACAUCAGUGCACCUGUCUCUGAACUGUCACAUGCUGAUGGCCUCUGUGACAGGACCCACUCUGCCCUCUGAGUGUGUUGGUGAGGAGAAUUGGGUUGACAGCAGGACAGUCUAUAUUGGACACAAAGAGCCUCCUCCGGGUGCUGAAGCCUUCAUACAACAAAGAUUCCCAGACAACCGGAUAGUGUCCUCCAAGUACACAUUUUGGAACUUCAUCCCCAAGAACAUGUUUGAGCAAUUCAGAAGAAUUGCCAACUUCUACUUCCUCAUCAUAUUUCUGGUUCAGUUGAUCAUUGACACGCCGACCAGCCCAAUCACUAGUGGACUGCCACUCUUCUUUGUCAUCACAGUUACGGCAAUCAAGCAGGGUUACGAGGACUGGCUGAGACACAAAGCCGACAACGCUGUAAACCAGUGUCCUGUUCACGUGCUGCAGCAUGGCAAAGUGAUCCGCAAGCAGAGUCGCAAGCUGAGGGUGGGAGACAUAGUCUUUGUGAAGGAAGAUGAAUCAUUCCCCUGCGAUCUCAUCCUGUUAUCCUCUUCCCGGGAUGAUGGGACCUGCUAUGUCACCACAGCCAGUCUGGAUGGCGAGAGUAGUCACAAGACAUACUAUGCAGUGCAGGACACCAAAGCGUACAAUGCAGAGAAGGAGGUGGACUCAAUCCACGCCACUAUUGAAUGUGAACAACCGCAGCCAGACCUUUACAAGUUUGUUGGUCGUAUUAACAUUUACAUGAACAAUGAGCCAGUGGCGAGGCCAUUGGGUUCAGAAAAUCUGCUUCUUAGAGGAGCCACACUGAAGAACACGGAGUACAUUUAUGCUGUCGCCAUCUACACUGGGAUGGAAACAAAGAUGGCUCUCAACUACCAAACCAAGUCUCAGAAACGUUCUGCAGUGGAAAAGUCAAUGAACGCCUAUUUGGUGGUCUACCUAUGCAUUCUCAUCAGCAAAGCCUUUAUCAACACGGUGCUAAAAUAUGCGUGGCAGUCUGAUCCUAUCAGAGAUGAGCCUUGGUAUGAUCAGAGAACUGAAGCAGAGAGGGAGAGACAUAUUCUGAUCAGGGCUUUCACAGACUUCCUGGCCUUUAUGGUUCUCUUUAACUACAUUAUCCCCGUUUCCAUGUACGUCACUGUGGAGAUGCAGAAGUUCCUGGGCUCCUAUUUUAUUAUGUGGGAUGAUGAGAUGUUUGACCCUGAGCUUGGUGAGAGAGCAGUGGUCAAUACAUCGGACCUCAAUGAGGAGCUGGGACAGGUGGAAUACGUGUUCACUGAUAAAACAGGGACACUGACCGAAAACAACAUGGAGUUCAUUGAGUGCUGCGUGGAUGGGCAUGUUUAUGUAGCCCAAGCUAUCUGUAAUGGACAAGUGAUGCCAGGUGCAGAUACUAUGGACAUGAUAGACACAUCACCAGGUCCUGAGGCCAGGGAGCAUGAGGAGCUCUUUUUCCGUGCACUGUGUUUAUGCCACACUGUGCAAGUAAAAGAGGAGGAGACAGUGGACGGCAUUAAACAAGGCAUCCAUCAUGGCAAGUCCACUUCCUUCUACAUUUCGUCAUCUCCAGAUGAAGUGGCGCUAGUAGAAGGCAUGAAGAGGCUUGGCUUCACGUAUCUGAGACUCAAGGACAGUCACAUGGAGAUCCUGAACAGAGAGGAGGAGAUUGAGAGGUUUGAACUUUUGGAAGUUCUGACUUUUGACUCCGUCAGAAGAAGGAUGAGCGUCAUUGUCAGGGCCAGCACUGGUGAGCUGUACCUUUUCUGCAAAGGAGCAGACUCAUCCAUCUUUCCAAGGGUUAUAUCAGGCAAGGUGGAUCAAGUCAGAGCUCGGGUGGAGCACAACGCAGUAGAGGGUCUUAGGACACUCUGUGUGGCAUAUCGACCUCUCAGUCCAGCGCAGUACCAGGAAGUGUGCCUGCUCCUAAGUGGAGCCAAGUUGGCAUUGCAGGACAGGGAUAAGCGGCUAGCAGAGGCUUACGACAUGAUUGAGAAAGAUCUCAUCCUGCUCGGAGCCACUGCUGUGGAAGACAGACUACAAGAAAAAGCGGCAGACACCAUUGAGUCUCUGCACAAGGCUGGUAUGAAGGUGUGGGUGCUGACUGGUGACAAGAUGGAGACAGCAGCUGCCACAUGCUACGCCAGCAAACUUUUCCACCGCAACACCCAGAUCCUUGAGCUUACCACCAAGCGGACGGAGGAGCAGAGCCUUCACGAUGUCCUGUUCGAUCUUAGCAGAACCGUCCUCAGACAGCACGGGGGCAUGAGUAGAGACAUGUCUGGUUUAUCAAGUGACUAUGUAGACUACGGCCUGAUCAUCGACGGAGCCACACUCUCAACAGUGAUGAAACCAAGUCAGGAGGAUUCCAAUUCGGGGAACUACAAAGAGAUUUUCUUAGAAAUCUGCCGCAACUGCAGUGCUGUACUCUGCUGUCGGAUGGCACCUCUUCAGAAAGCACAGGUUGUGAAGCUCAUCAAGACUUCCAAGGAGCAUCCAAUCACACUUGCUGUUGGAGAUGGUGCCAAUGAUGUCAGCAUGAUCCUUGAAGCCCAUGUUGGCAUAGGUAUCAUGGGUAAAGAGGGACGUCAGGCAGUAAGGAACAGUGACUAUGCCAUCCCAAAAUUCAAACACCUCAAGAAGAUCCUGCUUGUCCAUGGACACUAUUACUACAUACGCAUCUCGGAACUUGUACAGUACUUCUUUUACAAGAAUGUUUGUUUCAUCUUUCCGCAAUUCUUAUACCAGUUCUUCUGUGGUUUCUCGCAACAGCCACUGUACGAUACGGCCUACUUGACGCUAUACAACAUCAGCUUCACUUCGCUGCCCAUUCUGCUCUACAGUCUCAUCGAGCAGCACAUCAACAUGGACAUUCUGAAGAAGGACCCAUGUCUUUACAGAGACAUUGCCAAGAACUCAUUAUUGCGGUGGCCCAUCUUUAUAUACUGGACUGUCUUAGGUGUAUAUGAUGCCAUUGUGAUGUUCUUUGGUGCAUACUUCCUGUUUGACAACACCACGUUCACCAGCAACGGACAGCUAAUGACAACCAACACACAGAUGAUGUUUGGAAACUGGACCUUUGGUACGCUGGUCUUUACAGUGCUGGUCUUCACAGUUACAUUCAAGUUGGCCCUCGAUACACACUACUGGACAUGGAUCAACCACUUUGUCAUAUGGGGCUCGCUGAUCUUCUUUGUGGUUUUCUCUUUGCUAUGGGGAGGAAUCAUCUGGCCAUUUCUCAACUAUCAGAGGAUGUACUAUGUAUUCAUGCAGAUGUUGUCCAGUGGUCCCGCUUGGCUCAGCAUAGUCUUGUUGAUUACUGCCAGUCUGCUACCAGAUGUACUGCAGAAAGUCAUUUGGAGGGCGCUGUGGCCCACUACAACUGAACGAAUACAGGAAGCUGAUAAACUCUACAAGGGUCAGCUUUCCGAGUUUACCCCCCUGUCAUCUAUCCAUGCCACUCCCAUGGGUGGCGGCCUCCGUCGAGGAUCUGGCACCCACAGGAACACACCUAACCCCAUAAGGCCACAGGACUAUCAUACCUUCACACCGCUGCUGGGAUUCACUGAUGUCAACCACACCUACAGUGGGGCGGGGCCAGAGACCUCAGUCUAA